AUGUCAGUACACGACCAGUGGUAUUGCUUCCAGAUCAAUAACGUGCAAGUCAUCAUCAACCUUUACGAGAGGGGAAACAUCAAUGUGAACGACUCCAUAUAUAUCGUGGACGGCCGUGUUGUAGCCACGACCGAGGAAUGUUAUGCCACUAAGAAGCCGGCAUUCUAUGAGCUGGGCAAUAAAGAGACAGCCUAUCAGUAUGCUCAAAAGGCAUAG